CGCCAAAUAGCGUCGUUAUGCCUUUACCCGCAGCCUGCCACUGCGGCAAAUACCGGCUCGGCUGACGUUGAGCGUGGCAAACACGCCGAUUGGACCGCCGUUCAUGCUGUCCGGCGACAGAUUCGCGUCUUUUGUAUGCCCCGACUGCAGUGUCAAGUUUACAACGCUGUCGCACUUGCAGGCGCACUGGCUACGCGAACAUCAUCGGUGUCAACAGCAGCAGACGACGCAGCUGCUCCUCACGACUUCGGCGCCGGCUGAGCAAAGCGACUGCGCUCAUGGAGACACGGCGGACGACUCCGAUGGUGGAGGACGGGUACGUGGCGUGGACGUCGGCGGCGUGGAGGCUCGGCACGCCUUCCGAAACAAACAGUUCCGCAAGACACAACGCUGCGACCUCUGCCAGCAACCGCUCAGGGACCAGGGGGCAUCCUGCAGAGCCUGCAAAUACUGCUGCCACCUCCACUGCGAGCCCAAGGUGAUAUCCUCCUGUGACCCCAAACAGAGUUAUGAGUUGAGUCGCAGUGAAAGCAGAGAACUCCGACAUUCCAGGAGAUCGAAGAGUCCUGGAUCCCGAUCACUUGAACGAACGAGAAGCCCGAGAAGCCUCGAACGACAACUUAGUUUCGCCAUGGACGUGACAUACGUAACGGAGAAGAUUAUCGUUGUCACUUUCCCUGAAGGUGGGUUAGACACCACCUAUCGCAGUAACCUGAAGGAGGUGACCCGAAUGCUAAGGACGAAGCACGGGAACAAGUACACGGUGUUUAAUCUCUCCGAAAAACGACACGACCUCGCCAGGCUCAACAGCCAGAUUGCGGAGUUUGGGUGGCCGGCUCAUCUCUCACCGCCACUCGAGAGGCUAUGCGCCAUCUGCAAGAGCCUGGACUCAUGGUUCCACGCCGAUUCGCAGAACGUCGCGAUCCUUCACUCUAAGGGUGACAAGGGCCGCGUCGGCGUCGUACUGGCUGCGUAUCUGCACUACACCAGCAUAUGCGCCAGCGACAAUCAAGCACUCGACCGGUUAACAAUGCGAAGGUACUACGAGGACAAGUUGUACUCUUCGAUGCAUCCUUCGCAGAGGAGGUACGUCCACUACUUCACGGAGCUUCUGUCCGGCAACAUUAAGAUGAACAACAACGCUCUGUACCUCCACCACCUUAUCCUUCACGGGAUUCCUAACUUCGACAACAGAGGAGGUUGUCGGCCAUUUUUCAAGAUCUACCAAGGCAUGCAGCCGGUGUAUACGUCGGGCGUACACGUGGCCACGGACGGUUCCCGGCGACUGGUGGUGCCACUGGAAGCGAGCCAGGCCCUUCGUGGUGACGUGCUCAUCAAGUGCUACCACAAGAAGCAGCGGCCCGCUGGUCGGACGCCCAUCUUUCGGGUGCAGUUCCACACGUGCACACUGGACGGCGGCAAAGUUUUCUUCGGAAAGGCGGACCUCGACGACGCCGUCUCCGAUCCCCGUUUUCCCGACGACGGUCAAGUGGAGCUCCUGUUCUCCGAUCGACCUGAUGAUUUCAGAGGAAAUGGUUCCGUGUCCGACGUCGUCAGUACAGCCGACCAGACAAAAGAUCCUCUGGUCAGACAUGAUUCGUACGAAAAUUUCGACCUGAUUCAUGAAGACAGCCAAAGUGAUCUGGACGAUCUAAUCGAGCCGACCAACGUAUCUGUUCCCCACGCAGAGGGUCCCCUUGACGGAAACCUCUACGCAGUGGUGUCCAAGAGGCAGCCCCUGGACGGCGGGCCCUUUUCCCCCUCCUCCCCCAACGCCGCUGCCGACACUGACGUGCUAGACGGGCCGCAUACUGUGAGCAUGGACUCGGGCAUCUCCUCCUCCUCGGGCCUGCACGGAAACCCUAGCCCACAGGGGCUGCUCCACAAGGUGCCCAAUGGAGGCACCGUCGAAGUGGAAGUGCACCACUCGGCUGACGCUUCCCUGCGGUCAGAGCACGCCGAGUUGGACGACUUGCUGGACGGGAUGCUGCGAGAGAUCCGCUCCAUGCCCAACCAUCCGGCAAACCCGGCGCUCGGAAGCCGCGCGAACCCGUCGCACUCGUACGGCACGCUGCCCCACGGCAGUCCCAGCUCGCAUUCAAAUCCAGGUCACGGCACCAUCUACUAUUCGUACACGUCGCGCACCACGUCAUCGGAACCUCCGACGGCGGUGGCGCAGCGCAACGGCGGCGGAGACCACCUGGCUGGCUACCAGCGCUGGCCGCUGCAUCACCAGGAGUCGUCCGAUGGCCGGUCGCCGGACAGCGGCCACCGGACCACGUCGCCCUUCUCGUACGGCGUCGAGUACGGCAGUCCCGCGCUUAGGCGCCGACGGGCACACUCCGAGUCGGCCAGGGACUCGUUCGAAGAUCGCAGCUACGGGACGCUACGAGACGCCUCGCUCAGCCCGGAGCCCGUGGUUGGAAGUCAGUCGUGGCUGCAAAAGCAACAGCAGAAACUGCGUGCCCGCCGGGAAGGUUCGUGGGAAGAUAGGCAUCGCAAGGAGAGGCAAUUGAUCGCCGAAUUACGCACAGCCACCGCGAUGCGUAGUCCCGAGCCACCCAACGGCACUGUGGACAUGUCACCGCUGAACGGCGACGUCGGAACGUUCAAGGGCACCAACUACUCGACUCCACUGCACAUCCACACGAGCAGCAAGCCCCCAAUCCAUCGUGGCCUCAGUGCACCAACGUCGCCCAUCAUACCGUCGCGGACAAGCAGCCGGGAUGUGACGCUGCGCAGGUACCCGCAGUGGCAGCCGCAGCCACUGCCAACCACCGUGCAGCCCAUCGUACGACAGAAGUCGGACACGUCGUUCGACCGGGAGAGACCGUUCGUGGAGGCCAAGCGGUCGCACCAGCAGGCGCGCGACCAGAUGGCGGCCAACAAUGCGCCAGGUACGUCUUCACACCGGCUCAUCUCGUCGUCGGUCGUGUACGGCGAUCCUAGCGAUCCCGCGCGGAGGCCCGGCGUGUUGGCCGGUAGUCCACCUUCCGCCAGCUCUGCUCCGCCGCCGAGGCGAGACGACAUUCUGGCCAUGUUGAACGACCCGCCGUUCUCGACGGCGCCCAAGACGUCGUCUCCGGUCGAGAGAGCACAAUACAAGGUAGAAGAACCGGUACAGUUACGUGAGAUGGCACCAAUAGCCCAGUCAACUCCGAACAAGUACACGCAGGACGACAGCUCCCUGGAAGGCUCGUCGCCUUGGCCCACGAGGGGAACGGACGACAGUCCGUCGGCCAGUCCUUCCAGCGCGACGGACCGGCCGGCCACGCCAGCAUUUCCUGUACCUCCUCGGACGCCCUACAUGAACCAAGACUCGUCGGGAGGACUACCGCCUAAAAGCCCAACUCUUUCGCGCCGGAGGAGCCCCUCACCAGCCACCGUGAGUGCCUUGCAGCAGAGCCUGCCCCCAUCAUCGGGGCUUCCAACAAGUCCCAAUGGCCAGAGCUCACCGACAGUCUACUUUGGCCAGUCAAGGAGGUCAAGCAUGCUCUCCCUGGCAGACUCUCCUGAAGUCAUCCAUCACCACCCUGUUUUUGUGAAGGACACCUCCAAGUAUUGGUACAAGCCCAACAUCAGCAGGGAAGAAGCCAUCCACGUGUUGAAGACAAAACCACCGGGCACGUUCAUUGUGCGGGACAGCAACUCGUUUCCUGGUGCAUUUGGUCUGGCCCUUAAGGUGGCCAGCCCUCCUCCAAACGUCCAGACUCGAUCAGGUGACCCAUCAAAUGAGCUGGUACGGCAUUUCUUGAUCGAGCCUACUGCCAAGGGAGUUCGACUGAAGGGCUGUGCCAAUGAACCUGUCUUUGGGAGCCUGUCUGCCCUUGUUUAUCAGCACUCCAUCACGCCGCUGGCUCUUCCUUGCCGACUGCUGUUGCCAGAGUCUGAGAUUGGAGGUGAACCCUUCUGGACAGGCGAUGUUGUGGACAGCACCACGGCACCAACAACUGCUGCUACUACGGCUUCUAGUCUUCUGCAGCAAGGAGCAGCUUGCAAUGUGUUGUACCUGUGCACCAUGGACAUGGAGUCACUGACGGGUCCACAAGCAGUACGACGCGCUAUGGCUGAGCUGUUGGCCAUCUCGCCACCACCUGUGCCCACUGUAGUCCACUUCAAGGUCUCCUCCCAGGGCAUCACCCUCACCGACAACAACCGAAAGUUAUUCUUUAGGAGGCAUUACGCGCUUAACGCGAUAAGUUUCUGUGGCACUGAUCCUGACGACAGGCGCUGGACUCAAAAAGAUGAAGAUGCAGGCGUCACUGUCACUGCUAGGUGCUUUGGCUUUGUGGCUCGCAAGCCAGCGAGCAAGACAGACAACCAGUGCCACUUGUUUGCCGAGCUGGAUCCAGAGCAGCCAGCAUCGGCUAUCGUCAACUUCGUUGGCAAAGUCAUGGACGGCGCUGGAAUAUCAGCAACACGGGCAAACAUGAUAUAAAUGUACUCUACUGGUUGUACAAAGCUAAUGCGAGCUGUCUAGCCAUAUCUCUCAAGGUUAGUGAUGCUCUGAGGGCACUGCUAUCGCUUUGAAGGCGCACAAAAGGCAAAGACUGUAGCUGCAAUAGCACUUUCUUGUGCUGCACCGUGAAGUGUGUGUCAAUAUCUUAUUGCGAGUGUUCCUAUCAGCACCACAUCAGUGCAAGCCCAAAGUGCAAAGCCUAAUCAAUUGUUAAACACAAGAAGAAGAUAUAUUUGACAUCGAAUCUUAUUAAUUAUGCAAACUAGAAUAUAAAGCAAAUAUACAAAUGUUUUAACAUACCUGAAGCUGAAGGACUGUUUGAAACAGUGACACUUUUGGCUUUACUUGCAUUUGGAGUGACAAAGCUAGAAUGCUUACGUUGAUGUCAUUUACUAGAGCAAAAGGAGCAAGACAAAAGCUUGUCUUGCUGAUGGAAGGCCACAACAGGUGGCUAGACAUUUUCGAUUUGGUGGUGCUAGUGAAUUGUUGUAUAUUGUGAUCAGUUUAUAAUCAUUGUUAUGAAUGAAGAAAGAAUUGUCAUUUUUCUUAGACCUUUUUGCAUAAAAGCAAAGCUUGUAAUGCUAAGACGAUGGCUAUGGUUCUUAUUAAUGCACAUCAUGUUUCAAAUGAAAUGAGAAACAAGUCUGUUUGUGCCUGCUUUUAAUCUCUGUGGUAACAGCAGCCUUACCAUGUGUCACAAGAGUGCCACACAAGCAGUGGUCAUACCAUAUAUCAAGCAUUAAACAUAUGCAUUCGAUUUUCAUUAGUUCCUUGCAGGUUUCGCAAUGAACUCUUAGGCGUUUUAAUGAUUGUGUUAAAGUGCAACAAAAAUUGUUUUGUUUGCAUAGAAAGAGAGUGUAUGGAAAUUAAUCAUUUUGGCAUUCAAAUUAUGUUUAUUUAGAGGCAUUGAGGAAUAUAUGCAAAUUCAUUUCAACAUAAAUCAACAUAGAUUCUAAAUGAGCCUAUGCAUGGCUGCAUUCUGCCUGUAUCUUUAACAGUGUGAAACCAGCUGCAUUAAAGUGCAGCAGUUAAAUAUUCAUCUUCUCAAUGGAAGGCAUCACAAAGUAACUACAUUUAUUUUUAAUUUGCUUGCUCUUACAUUGCAGAAACGGAAGCAGUUUCACUAAGUUUUAUGCAAUUGUUCAUGCUGAAGAAGCUUAUCGAGUGGUAAAUACAGUACUACAGUACCAAAAUGUGGCAUUUUAAUAGUGGAUUUAAGUACCAUCCUGAAAUUGUAAUGUAAAUUACUUUAACUUUAGCGCACAUGUGAUGUACUUAAGCAGUCAACCGACAUUGUCUGAAACAAAAGAAAAUGAGUGGUUUUAUUGCUGGAUUCUUUUCUGGCACCCUUGGUCCAACGCAAUAGUGUACACAAGUAUGCUUUACUUAAAAGUGUAAGUGCUCCACAAAUAAACGGUUAGAUUGCACAGGUUUGUUUCUUGUGACCAGCAGGUGUUCAGGUAAGAAAAGCAGCUUAAGAUCAAAUGAAAGUGCAAGCCACUGCUAUUAAUGCUUCAUUCAGCGUACUGUGUUACUGUGAGCUCAUUGUGACCUGCUUGUUUUGUGAAUUUUCUAUCUCCGAGAUUGUUGUUGCUUUUCCAGAACGAGUGAAAUUCACUUUGAUGGGCAUCAGAAAACUGUGCCUUGCUAUUUAGUAGUAGCCACAUCAUGCUGCAGCGUGUGUAUGAAGUGUGGCUUUUCAAUGUGGCAACAAAGGGUGUUUUAGCUAUGUGAACAAGAGUGCCUAGUGCAUUGACAUGUGUUAAACCUAUCAUUGGGUGCAAUAUGACUUGCCCACGAGAAGGUCUUGCAAGGAAUGUCUUUUUUUCAUGUACUGCUGUCAGUGCUUAUCAAUGUGUCCUUCCGCACGAAAUAUGUCAUGGUAUUAUUGUGGCAUGAACGGGCAGUUACUUUAUUGCGAUUGUUUUGAUGCACAUACCUCUGCUAAGUGUUCACUGUUUGAAAUGUGGCUCUGCAUUCAGCGCUUCAUAACAUAUUACACUAUAUACAUAUAAAUAUUAUAUAUAAGAUGCUACUGUUGAUGUUUUCUUUGUAGAUUGUCAUAGAAGUGCCAUCCUUAACAGAUUCUUGUCUUGCUAAUAAAGUAAAGUGGCUGUA